AUGGACUACAAAUCGAUUAUCUUUCGUAAAUUUACACAUGAAUCACUUCGACGUAUUGAACAUUAUCGACAAGAAGAAAGUGAAUGUAUUGCUUCUGAACAAUUAGAACAACAAACAAUAGUUGAACAUAAUUAUGAUGAACAUCAUCGUAUGAAUAAGUCAUCAAAAGAUGAAUCAGUUGAUCCUAAACAAAUUCCUAAUAAAGAAUUGGCCGUUGGAGAAACAUUACCACUAAUUUUACAAUAUAGAUUCCCAUCUGAACUUAUUGGAAUACCUAUCGAAGAAAUCGAUUCUUAG